UUUGGGCUCGAGGCCUCUGUCGCAACCAUGCCCCGCCAGAUCAUCGGUCAGGCCAAGAAGCAUCCUAGCUUGAUCCCCCUCUUCAUAUUUAUUGGAGCAGGAGGGACUGGAGCAGCACUGUAUGUCACACGCCUGGCAUUGUUCAAUCCCGAUGUCAGUUGGGACAGAAAGAAUAACCCAGAACCCUGGAGCAAACUAGGUCCUAAUGAUCAGUACAAGUUCUACUCUGUGAACGUAGAUUACAGCAAACUGAAGAAAGAAGGUCCAGACUUCUAAAUGAAAUAUUUCACUUAAAGCUGCUUAGAAUGAAGGUCUUCCAGAAGCCAUCCGCACAAUUUUCCACUUAACCAGGAAAUAUUUCCCCUCUAAAUGCACGGAAUCAUGUUGGUGUAUUGUAUUGGGGUU